AUGAAGUUCUUGACCGGCCUCUCUCUCGUUGCCUCCGCCCUUGCGGUCAGGAUGGACGUCACGAAGCGUGACAGCCCCCUCAAGGUCGAGAUCCAAAGUGUUGGCAACUCUGCCGUCAAGGCGGUUGUCACCAACACCGGCUCUGAGCCCAUCAAGCUGAUGAAGACUGGUUCCAUUCUGGACCAGACUGCCAUUGAGAAGGCCGAGAUUUUCUCUGGCGCCGACCAGGUUGCCUUUGAUGGUGUCCGUCUCCAGGUCCAGACCAGCGACCUUGCCGAGGAUGCUUUCCAGACCCUCGCCGCCGGUGAGAGCGUUGAGGCCGAGUUCGACCCGGCCGAGGUGCACGAUCUCAGCACCGGUGGUGACUUCGACUUCCUCGUCCGAGGAACGUUCCUGACCGCGUCUGCGGACAGCACCAGCAUCGACGGCUCCGUGCCCUUCGACAGCAACGUGCUCAAGUCCCACGUCAAUGGUGUUGCCGCCGCCAAGGUCCGCCGUGACUUCCACGACAACAUCCAGAAGCGCACCCAGGUCCAGUCCGACUGCACUGGCACCCGCGGCACCGCGCAGCGCACCGCCCUGGCCAACUGCGCCUCCCUGGCCCGCAAGGCCGCCACUGCAGCCACCAGCGGCGACGCGGCCAAGCUCACCGAGUACUUCAAGUCGUCCACCUCGGCGACCCGCAGCACUGUCGCCGGCGUCUUCAACAAGGUCGCGACCGAGUGUGGCAGCACCACCUCGGGCGUGAGCACCCAGUACUGCACCGACAGUCUCGGCUACUGCUCCAGCAACGUCCUCGCAUACACCAUCCCCACCCAGAGCCUCAUGGUCUCGUGCCCUCUGUACUUCAGCGCCCUGACCGGCCUCAGCACCCAGUGCCACGCCCAGGACCAGGCCACCACCACCCUCCACGAGACAACCCACCUGUCGCAGAUCAAGGGCACCCAAGACAACGGCUACGGCUACGCCGCCAUCCAGGGCCUGAGCUCUUCUCAGAGCCUCAACAACGCUGACAGCUACGCGCUCUUUGCAAAUGGUUGGAUGCUAGAGGCGGCAACUGCCUGCACGAGGAGUGUGCCAAGGGCCGUCGAUCAAAUCAGGCUGUCGGAGGAGCUUUCUCAUUAUGUCACCAACACCACCGAGCGGGGCUGA